AUGAAGUGGCUGACCUCGCUCCUGCUGAUCGCCCUCGCUGGCAUUGCCAGCGCCCUCAGCGCCGCCGGUGCGCGGACGCUGGUCGUGCUCGAAGACCAAGCUGACAAGGACAAGUAUUCGCAAUUCUGGUCCGAUCUCACUGGUCGCGGCUUCUCCCUGACGUUCAAAUCGCCCAAGGACGACUCGCUUUCGCUGUUCAGGCUCGGCGAGCGCGCCUACGACCAUGUCGUGCUCCUCCCCACCAAGUCCAAGGGCCUCGGCCCCAACCUCGCCCCCCAGCUGCUCGUCGACUUUGUCAACAAGGAUGGAAACAUUCUGCUGGCUCUGUCCGGUGAAUCCACCAUUCCCAGCCAGGUCGUCAGCGUCUUGCUCGAGUUCGAUAUCCAUCUGCCCACCGACCGCAAUGCUCUGACCGUCGACCACUUCAACUACGACAAGGCCUCCGCUGCCGAGAAGCACGAUGUGCUCGUCAUUGACCGCGCUCAGAGGCAGAAGGCCGGCAUCAAGAACUUCUUCUCUGGCGAAGGUGUCCUGGCUGUGCCACACGCUGUUGGCCACACGCUCGGCAACGAUAGCCCGCUGCUGGUCCCCAUUCUGCGCGCCCCGAGCACCGCCUACGUCUACAACCCCAAGGAGGAGUCUGAGGCCGUCGAAGACCCGUUCGCUGUUGGACAGCAGCUGUCGCUCGUCUCCGCUUUCCAGGGCCGCAACUCUGCUCGUCUGACCGUCCUCGGCUCGGCUGAGAUGCUCCAGGACGCCUGGUUCGACGCCAAGGUUGAGCGCAACAGCGUGAAGGGCAAGACUGCCAACAGGGAGUUUGCCAAGCAGCUCACUGCCUGGACUUUCAAGGAGGUUGGCGUCCUCAAGGUCGGCCGCCUGCAGCACUUCCUUAACGAGGGUGCGGCUCCCGCCGGCAUCAACGGCUCUGACUUGAACGUCGUUGAGCACAAUCCCAAGAUUUACCGCAUCAAGAAUGACGUGACUUUCCAAAUCGAGGUCUCCGAAUACGUCGAGGAUCACCUUGAGCCCUUCGUCCCGCCGGCCGGUGAUGCCGUCCAGCUCGAAUUCACUAUGCUCUCGCCCUUCCACCGCCUUGAGCUGAAGGCGCUCCCGCCGUCGCCGACGCACCCCAACUCGACCAUCUUCACCACCGACUUCCGCCUGCCCGACCAGCACGGCAUCUUCAACUUCCGCGUCAACUACAAGCGCCCCUUCCUCACUAACCUCGACGAGAAGCGCGAGGUUACUGUCCGCCACUUCGCUCACGACGAGUGGCCGCGCUCGUACCUCAUCAGCGGCGCUUGGACCUGGAUCGCCGGCAUCUGGGUCACCGUCGCGGGCUGGCUGGGCUUCGUCGCCCUUUGGCUGUACUCGGCGCCCAGGCAGGCCGGUGGCGUGAAGAAGAAGCAGUAA